CCCUCCCCAGGGCAAGGCUCUUUUCUGUUAUAAUUCUGCCUACAUCGCAAAUGUUAUAAACUUCCAUGGGUGAUCAUUUCCAAUAUCCUCGUCAUCUCUGCAGAUACGCCCGUUCCGACUAUAUCCACCAGCAAGUAUGGCGGACGGAAACGAUCAAAGCGGACCGCUGCGUCCUCCCGUCAUAUUUAUCAACACAGAGCAGCUAUCGCCGCCCUCGGAAUUACCCACUAGUCCUGAUGUGGGAUCUCCAACUCGGCCAGAUACCAAUGAUGGCAGCCGGCUGACGGUCCAUCAUGCAUACUCUCCUACUGUGUCUUCGCUAGAUGGAGAGACCCUACGCUCGAGAUCGGGCUCUUUUAAUUCAACGGCGGAUACAGUUGGGAGGUCGAGAGCCGGAUCGAACGCAAACCAUUCUAUAAAUGUUGCUUAUGACGAUGUAUCUCUCUCUGAGGCGCUGGCACCAGAUCAUCGCAACGAGAAGGACUUCUAUGUGGAAGAUAACAAGUUUGCCUUCUCUCCCGGUCAACUUAACAAGAUGCUGAAUCCGAAGUCUUUGGCGGCUUUUCAAGCGUUGGGAGGGCUGAAUGGCCUGGCACGUGGGCUCAGAACCGAUCUCGAUGCAGGCUUGUCGGUUGAUGAAGGCCGGCUGGAAGGCUCCAUCAGUUUCGAAGAGGCCACCGAUCUGAAAACAUUCAAGAGCACAGCUGACCACGAACUAAAAUCCACCAACAACCAAGUGACUGGUGCUGUCUCGGAUUCCCAGUUCGUGGAUCGGAUCCGUAUCUUUGGCCGCAACAGAUUACCUGAACGGAAGGGCGCGGGAUUUUUUAAAUUAUUUUGGGACGCCUAUAACGAUAGAAUCAUCAUUCUCCUCACCAUUGCCGCUGUCGUGUCGCUUUCGCUGGGCGUAUAUGAGACAGUCGACGAAGGGUUCGGUGCUGAUUGGAUUGAGGGUGUUGCAAUUUGUGUUGCGAUCUUAAUUGUCACGACGGUUACUGCGGUAAACGACUGGCAGAAAGAGCGACAAUUUGCAAAACUGAACAAGCGAAAAAAUGACCGCGAAGUCAAAGUUAUUCGCUCAGGCAAGUCAGUCUCGAUAUCGAUAUAUGAUCUCACCGUUGGAGAUAUUCUCCACCUCGAGCCUGGAGAUGCUGUUCCCGCGGAUGGUGUCUUUGUCUCCGGCCAUGGUGUGAGAUGCGAUGAAUCCUCGGCGACUGGAGAGUCAGAUCAGAUGAAAAAGACCAGUGGACACGAAGUCUGGAAGCGGAUUCAGGAAGGGACUGCCAAUAAGAAACUCGACCCUUUUAUCCUCUCCGGUAGCAGAGUUCUUGAGGGUGUCGGCACUUGCUUGGUGACCAGCGUUGGCCCGAAUUCUUCAUACGGCCGCAUCCUGCUCUCAUUGCAGACCGAAAAUGAUCCCACGCCGCUUCAGGCUAAGUUGGCAGGUUUGGCAGAUUGGAUUGGUGGCCUUGGUACAGCGGCCGCCGGUCUCCUGUUCAUUGUGCUUCUCAUCAGGUUCUUAGCGGAGCUUCCCGGAAACCACUCUAGCCCAGCCGUCAAGGGCAAAGAGUUUGUUGAUAUCCUAAUUACUGCAGUCACAGUCAUUGUGGUCGCUAUUCCAGAGGGCCUCCCGUUGGCUGUCACUCUUGCCCUAGCAUUUGCUACGACACGCAUGGUAAAAGAGAAUAACCUUGUGCGGGUGUUGCGAGCAUGUGAGACGAUGGGAAAUGCUACUGUGGUUUGUUCUGAUAAGACAGGAACCCUCACCCAAAACAAAAUGACGGUUGUAGCUGGAACUUUGGCUCGAGGCGAGAGCUUCAGCGAAGUUGGAUCCGACAAGGAUGGUCAGACAUCUACGAUGACCGCGCCUGAGUGUUUCAAGUCCUGCUCAGGGUCUGUCAAAGCACUGAUAACCAAGAGCAUUGCUCUCAACUCUACUGCGUUUGAAGAGGAAAGGGAAGGCCGCAUGGAGUUCGUCGGUAGUAAGACCGAAGUGGCUCUAUUGCAGAUGGCCAAAGACUACCUCGCUAUGGACGCCGCCGAGGAGCGAGCAAACGCUGAGAUAGUCCAGCUGAUACCAUUCGACUCUGCACGGAAAUGCAUGGGUGUCGUCUAUCGCGAGCCAUCGGCCGGUUACCGAUUGCUCGUUAAGGGCGCUGCUGAACUGAUGCUGGCUCCCUCCACCGCCGUUCUGGCGGGAUUGAGCGAGGGCAAUGUCGCGACGGAACCGCUUUCGCAGGAGACUAGACAAUACACCCUUGACACGAUCAACUCUUAUGCAAACGAAUCGCUUCGAACCAUUGGAAUGGUGUACCGAGAUUUCCCAAGCUGGCCGCCUAAAGGCGCUCGAACUCUUGAAGACGACCCUUCAGCAGCGAACUUCGAGGAUGUCUUCAGAGAAAUGACUUGGUUGGGUGUUGUUGGAAUCAAGGAUCCGCUGAGACCGGAGGUACCAGCAGCUAUCAGGAAGUGUAAUAGUGCCGGAGUCCAGGUGAAGAUGGUUACAGGUGAUAACCUGGCCACUGCUGCUGCGAUUGCUAAGUCUUGUGGUAUCAAGACAGAUGAUGGCAUCAUCAUGGAAGGUCCCAAGUUCCGACAACUUUCAGAUGAAGAGAUGGAUAACGUCAUCCCACGUCUCCAAGUUCUAGCUCGCUCCUCGCCCGAGGACAAGCGCAUUCUAGUUGCACGACUUAAGCAUCUUGGUGAAACUGUUGCGGUCACUGGUGACGGUACCAAUGAUGGCCCUGCUCUUAAGACAGCCGAUGUCGGGUUUUCCAUGGGAAUUGCUGGCACGGAGGUUGCGAAGGAAGCGAGUUCGAUUAUCCUCCUUGAUGACAACUUCAGUUCUAUAGUUACGGCGAUCGCAUGGGGUAGAGCCGUCAAUGAUGCCGUCGCCAAGUUCCUUCAGUUUCAAAUCACGGUCAAUAUUACUGCGGUAGCCCUUACCUUUGUGUCCGCCUGCUACAGUAACUCAAACCAGAGUGUCUUGAACGCAGUGCAGUUGCUUUGGGUCAAUCUGAUCAUGGAUACAUUUGCUGCGCUGGCCUUGGCGACUGAUGGUCCGACCGACACGAUCCUGGACAGAAAGCCAACACCAAAGAAUGCUUCGCUCUUCACGAUGACGAUGUGGAAAAUGAUCUUAGGUCAAGCAAUCUAUCAACUGGCUGUUACUUUCGUCCUAUUCUUCGCUGGUGGCCAAAUCCUUGGAUACGAUCUCAGUGAUUCCCACAAACAACUUGAACUCAACACUAUAGUCUUCAACACCUUUGUGUGGAUGCAGAUAUUCAACGAAUUCAACAACCGGAGACUUGACAACAAGUUCAACAUCUUUGAAGGAAUGUUCAAGAAUUACUGGUUCCUUGGUAUCAAUUGCAUCAUGAUCGGUGGUCAGGUCAUGAUCAUCUUUGUUGGUGGUUCUGCCCUGAAAGUGACGCCGCUGAGCGGGCCUCAAUGGGCUAUCUGCAUCAUCUGUGCCUUGUGCUGUCUUCCUUGGGCUGUCGUCCUCAGGAUGAUCCCGGACAAACAUUUCGCAGUCGUCUUCAAUUUUGUGCUAAAAUGCACAAAGUUCGUUCUGAGACCGGUUCUGAAGGUGCUCAAGGUUGUCUUUACUCCAAUCGGCCGUGGCAUUCAUGCCAUAGGAUCUUCGCUGAAACGAAUCACACUGCGACUCUUCCGCAAGGACACUGUUAAGAAUCCUAGCGUUGUGGAUGAAGAGGCUACAGCUCUCACUGAUAUGAGUCGACUCCCGACCCCUUCUUCUCGACUUCAGACUCCUGCUUCCGGUCCACCCAUGACUCCUCCGACGACAGCUGUUCCUCCGAUUACCGUCACUGCCGUUUGAAGUAUGUCAUAUUCGCAUUCUACCGCAGUGUUCCAUGAUAUGGACCCAUAUCUCUUCUUUUCGUUUUUUGCAAUCUUGAACUGUACAAUAACCCCUGUCUUGUUUUUUUGUUGACCUGGGUCUCUUCUAUCUCUGACGAUCUGAUGCUAAAAGUGGAACGUGUGAAAUAGUCUCACACUUCCUUUCAUGGUUUUAUGCUCAUUUACAUAUGCAUAGCGAGGCGUCUUA